GGUCCGUAGUUAUUAGAUAUUUACACACCUACUUACUACAGACACAGUUGUAGACGUAUCGGUGACGUGUUGAGGUUGUGUAGUAUACAUUGAUAUGGCACUGUUAAGAGCGCUAGAGUGAUAUGAAAAAAAAUGAUUACGUUCGCGUGUUGAAAGUUGGUUCCGCAGUUUUGUAACAGUAUUGUUUUUUACUCGUUUUUCUCGACCGAUUUUAACUUUGGUUUUCGUUUAUUAAUCAUUCCACUAUCCCAAGUUCGUCGACCAUGUCUUUGACCAUGAUCAAAGCUCCAUGGAAAGAUUAUUAUCUCGUUAAAGAGCUGUUGGUGGCUCUGAUCGUCGUGCUCCUUACCAUCGUAUUGUUUGUUUUAUGGAAAAAAAGUCGUAAGACCAACCGAGAUGUACUGAUUACGGGGUUGUGCGAUUCCGGUAAGACUGCUCUGUUUUCACACUUAUUGUACAAUAAACCAAUACAAUCUUUCACAUCUCAAGUGGAAAACACAGGCGAGUUCAAAAGCAAAAAGAACUUGUUACGCAUAGUUGACAUUCCGGGGCAUGAAAGAGUGUUUACAAAAUAUUGGGAUGCUUACAAAAUGAAUUGUAAAGGUGUUAUGUUUGUUGUGGAUUCAGAAACUGUUCAAACUGACAUAUGUGAUGUGGCCGAGUUGUUAUACAGAAUUUUAACUGAUGCAACGAUUCAGUCCAACAAGAGUAAAAUUUUAAUACUAUGUAACAAACAAGACAAAAUGAUGGCCAAGGGAUCAGAAGUAAUCAAAACUUUGCUCGAAAAAGAACUGGAUACAUUGAGGUUAACAAAAUCAAAUCAGUUGGAAAGCAUCGAUGGCAAAAAAAAUAAGACUUUGUUGGGGAAAAAGAAGAAGUGUUUUGAAUUUUCGCAUUGUCAGAUGGCAGUAGAGUUUGCUGAAGUAAUUACUUCAUCUCCAGAUAUAAUCUUAGAACCAAUUAAAGACUGGUUAGAAAAUAUUCAGUAAAGAUAAAUUGUGUUGCAAACUUACAACAAUACAUUUAUGUUUUCCAUUUUUAGAAUCGCUUUUGAUCCUAAAAAGCUAAAAUAACUUCUUAGUUAUAUGUAUUGGUUUUCUUUUUUUAUAAUUUUCAUGCUUAUAAUUUUAUUUUUUAUUGUUUAUACAAAAGAUAAAAAAAGACUUCUUAUUUGUAUAGGCGAAUAUA